AUGGCGGACCAAGACCGGGGGGCAAGUUUGUUCAUAUCUAUCUAUCUAUCUAUCUAUCGUAGUCUAUCCAUAUCUAUCUAUGGCAGUCUAUUCAUAUCUAUCUAUCUAUCUAUCGUAGUCUAUCCAUAUCUAUCUAUGGCAGUCUAUUCAUAUCUAUCUAUCUGUCUAUCGCAGUCUAUUCAUAUCUAUCUAUCUCAAUGUGUUCAUAUCUAUCUAUCUAUCUAUCUAUCUAUCUCAAUGUGUUCAUAUCUAUCUAUCUAUCUCAAUGUGUUCAUAUCUAUCUAUCUAUCUCAAUGUGUUCAUAUCUAUCUAUCUAUCUAUCUCAAUGUGUUCAUAUCUAUCUAUCUAUCUCAAUGUGUUCAUAUCUAUCUAUCUAUCUCAAUGUGUUCAUAUCUAUCUAUCUAUCUCAAUGUGUUCAUAUCUAUCUAUCUAUAUCUCAAUGUGUCUCAAUGUGUUCAUAUCUAUCUAUCUAUCUCAAUGUGUUCAUAUCUAUCUAUCUAUCUAUCUCAAUGUGUUCAUAUCUAUCUAUCUAUCUAUCUCAAUGUGUUCAUAUCUAUCUAUCUAUCUAUCUCAAUGUGUUCAUAUCUAUCUAUCUAUCUAUCUAUCUGUCGCCAGUUUGUACAUAUCUGUCUAUCUCCAGUCUGCACAUUCAAAAUAGGAGAUCUCACAGUUAUGAUCUAUCUUAAUCUGUUCAUAUCUAUCGAUCUAUCUAUCUAUCUCAAUGUGUUCAUAUCUAUCUAUCUAUCUCAAUGUGUUCAUAUCUAUCUAUCUAUCUCAAUGUGUUCAUAUCUAUCUAUCUAUCUCAAUGUGUUCAUAUCUAUCUAUCUCAAUGUGUUCAUAUCUAUCUAUCUAUCUAUCUAUCUAUCUCAAUGUGUUCAUAUCUAUCUAUCUAUCGAUUCAUAUCUAUGUCAAUCUCUUUCUUCAAUUCUAUCGAAUUGGCCUUCGUUAAUUUUAUCACGGUCGAAUUUAACACUGGGGAUUCUUGUCUCUUUCUUUCUUUCUUUCUUUCUCGCGAGAUAUUGUCUAUCGUCCUUUUUCUGCUUUUCUAGUUCACUUUCUCUCAUUUUUCAGAUAUUUCUUUGUAACUCUUUCAAUUCUUCUCAAAAUUCUUUUUGCCAUGACGUUUUCUUUCAUACAUUUUUCUUGUACUUUUCUAUUUCUUCUUUCUUAUUUUCCAUUUCUUUCGUUUGUCUACUGUUUUCUUUGAUCCUUAAAGAUUUUUUCUUUCAUUUUCUUCUUCUUCUUCUUCUUCUUCUUCUGCUUUACGAAGUCCUUUUUCUUUCUUUCACUUAG